GGGAUUUGCAAAUAAAAAAAAAUACUUAUAAAUAUAUAUUUAAUUGUAUUUAUUUGUGAAUGGCUUCCUGCUUAUUUGUGAAUCGCGUUCUGUGCAUUUGUGAAUCACUGCACGCAUUUGUGGAUUGCGUUCUGUGCAUUUGUGGAUUUGAAACAUUUCUAACGUCAAGACUUGCACAAGAAUCCACAAAUAGGUGGACUCCGCCCACCGUCUACUCCAACCAAUCGGAUAACGACCUCGUGGCGCUGACCAAUCGUGGCACGGUCUACCUCCAACCAAUCACGUUCUGAUUUACUCGCUCUUCACACUCCAUCACAGUAGGUGGCGGUAUGCACCUAUCAAGUUGGAUCGCAACCCGCCAUAAAACCUAAAGAAGAAGAAGAACUCCGACUCACAUGCACGUUUAUCAUGGCGGAUCGGGAGGACACCCGACAGGACCUUUCUGCACAAGUGGAAAGCGCGGCUCGGGCUUUAGUGCAGAUAAUUGCAAGGGAUCUAACUCCGGGCCGCCCCACAUCCAAUCCCCCACAGGCACAUAUCCCCUCUCCCUCUGUUUCUUUGCCCUUAUCCAACCUCCCUUCAGAUGCUAGAGUGAAUCAGGCUCUGAAAAGGCAGUUUCCUGCAAUGUUUACUUCCAAUGGUGACCAGUCAAGAGGGAAAGGAAAAAGACGGUUUGUUUCACAGCCAACACACACAGUUCCACGGAUCAAAACAACGGAACUACAAAUUUAUGUUUUAUCUGAACCUGCUGCUUCAAACAUGCCCAAAUACACACCAAAUGGUUCAGAAGAGCUUGUGCUGGCACAUGCUGGACUUGGCAAGAGGCUUGUCUCAUUCAAAGAUUCUGACAAACAUGAUGAGAUUUUUGAUCAGUUGGAGAAUGAGUUUCCAAAGUUAAAAAGUCUGAAGAGAAGCUGGAUGUUUUACAAAGCCACUGGUGGAAGCGGACGCCGAAAACUCUCCAUGAUUCUGACAGAUGCGGAGGGCUACACAAUGCGGGCACUAAAAUCUGCCUCCAACAAUGGAAAAAAUGUGCUUUACGUGGUUCCAAUCCAGGAAGCACUUUCCACGGAUCCUCUGCCCUAUGAUGCUCCAGAAUUCUGUAAAAUGCCCCAAGCCAACUGUGUGUCUUGUGGCCAAAAAAUGCCCCUUCAGAUGUUGGCCUUACACGCAGAGGAAUGUUCUAAAUCUGAGUCUGAGAUUUUUGAAGAUGAUGCUCUUCCUGAAGAAGAUGUUCAGGUCACAGAUGCUGAAGAGUCACUUGGGACUUGCCCCAUUUGCCAGACAGCGAUUCUGAAUGAUUUACUGCAGACCCAUGUGAAUUUAUGCAUUGACAGAAUUAGUUCAAGAGAUGACACACAUGGCGGACCCCAUCAGACUGAGGAGCUUCCCGGACCAUCAUCAGCAGUGGCAUCAUUUGGAACCUUGGAGAGCUACAACUCUGAAGAGGCAAGAACUAAUUCGACAGCAGAAUGGAUGAGCAUUUUAGAUCCAUGCCUGGCAUCUGCGCUGUUCUGCAGGAAUUUGCGGAGGCAGCAUAGCAAUGAAAAGCCACUGCGUUUUUAUUUGGAUUUGAAAGAGAGCCCUGAAGACCAAGACAGAGCCAUAUUAUCUUUCUAUAAGGCCAAGGGAGUCAACUGGGCUGCUCCACUAAAGUGUAUAUUACAAGGAGAUGCUGCCAUUGGGGAUGGGGUCAAUAGACAUCUCCUGAGUAUGGCUAUUGAGAAGUUGAGGACUGGGUUUUCUCUUAAUUUCGGUAUAGCAGAUGUAACACUCCUGUUUGAGGGUGAACAGGAUCACCUUGUUCCAUGCUGCAGUCAAACUCUGCUUGAUAGUGACUUAUUUGUCGUUGCUGGGCGCAUGAUUGGCCACUCAUUUCUUCACGGUGGCCCUUUGCUAUCUGGAAUUAGUUCAGCCAUAAUUCAUGUGUUGAUGGGUGGCUCCAUUGAGACUGCAGAGAUUAAACUAGAGGAUUGUCCAGAUUUUGAUCAGAGGCAUACUAUCCAAUUGCUGCAAGGUAAUCGUAACCUUUCUGAAGAGGAAAAGGAGGAAGUCACCAGACUCGCUGUGUCAUGGGACCUUCCUGGGUUUUCUGAACAACACCGGAAAUGGCUGUUCAAUAGGUUACUGCAACAUGCUGUUUUGGAUAGGACUAAAUGUCAAGUAAAGCAGCUGAGACGUGGAAUCAAAGAAACUAAGAUUUGGUCAUUGAUUACAGCGCGAGAAGAUGCAAUUAAAACUGUCUUCCCAAGGGCAAGUGAAGUUCAGUAUGGCUCAGAGGUCAUUCUUCAACACAUUACUUGGCCUGUUGCCAAUUCUGAUGACGACGAUGACGACAAUGACGGUUUGCGUCCUGAGAUUGUCACUCGUCAAAUUACAUUUCUUCGUGAAUAUAUUCAAAAGGCCUCCUUCGACCAGCUGCAGAAGCUCAUGUCAUUUUGGACUGGAUGGGAGGUUCCAUCCAACAGCCUGCAGGUUAAAGUAUGCAAGGGAACAUUCUUCAAGGCCUCCACCUGCAGCAGGACCCUAAUGCUUCCUGCUGACAUACUAACAAUGGAUGAGUUUUCUUCAACUUUGCAAGCUUGUGCAAACACAUCAUCUACUGGAUUUGGACUGGUUUAAAACUUUUAGUAAGGUUAUGAUGUUAUACUACUAAAA